AUGUUGAAAUUAUGCAAGAAUCAUUCAAAAUCUUUCAAAGUUCCUUUUGGGGGGGGGGGGCAAGAAAGAAAGAAAGAAAGAGAAAACGGAGUGAUUUUUUUUUUCUCUUUUGCGUCCGCUCCCUCCUUCCCUCUCUCCCUUGCUUUCCUUUCUCUAUUCUUGUCUGUUUCUUCCCGCCUCAAUCAUCAUUCGUUAUCAUUCCAUUCCAUCCCCCAUUCCGUCCCUCCCCACCACCACCACCACCACUUACCCCCUCGUUCAUAUUUUGACUCCUUCCCCCCAUUUCAACCCCUUUCUCUCUCUCUCUCUUUCUCUCUUACUCCUUGCAUUUUCUUCUAUUGCUUUCCAUUAAAUUAUGGCAACCAACUGAAACUAAGAGGAUUACUACUCAAGGCAUUGGAAUUUGAUUAUUAUAACCACAUUUACAAGGGUUGGUAG